AUGGGCAAGAGAAGCAUAGGUGAUAAUGAUGUAGAUUUAAUGGCAAGAAACAGGGCAUAUUCUACAUCAUGUCUUCGCACCCUAUCAUUCUCAGCAAAUAGUGGCAUUGAAAAUAUUCCAGCAAUCUUGCUUGAUGGUGCGAGAGUACUGCAUGUACUUGACUUGAGUAGAACUGGAAUCUCCUCAUUGCCCGCUUGUGUCGGAAAUUUGAAGCUCCUUAGAGUUUUGAAUUUAAGCAAGACAAAUAUUACCGAGGUACCAGAAUGUCUGAAAAGCAAUAAGAGUCUUCGCUUCCUUGACAUUUCUAAUUGCAGGAGUCUACAACAGUUCCCUCAGUGGAUUGGUGAGCUUAAUUGCCUGGAACAUCUGGAUAUAUGCCGAUGCAGUAAGAAAUCCAUGCCGAAGGGUAUAUCGAAGCUUGUGUCUUUACAGGUACUGAAACUAGUUGAGGACAACACACUAUCCGUGGAAGAGAAUGAAUCCUUCAAGUUGGAGCAUUUUGUCAAUUUGGUCAACCUCCGUGAAGUGUGGAUAAAUCUUGAUCACGAGGUUGAAUUGAAAAGUAUAGAGAACGGGAUCCUUGCCACAUUAGUGAAGAUGCGUCUUCUGACAAUAGUCAAUUAUGUUGAUGAUAAUCUUUCACCUCCUCUAUCAGAGAAAAUGUUAGCUAUGAAGGAUCUUGAAUUCCUUUCUCUUCGUCGUCUUGAAGUGCCAGAUUGGAUAUGCGGCUUCUCAAAUCUGAUGCAUUUGGAAUUAUUUGAUUGCCAUUGUGCUGAAUAUCCAGCACUAGAAAUGAUGCCCAACUUAAUAAAGAUCCAUUUAGAUGGAAAUAGAAAUUGCAAGGCAUUGCCAAAAGGGUUCGGGAAGUCCGGGAGAUUUCCUCAGCUGCGUUAUUUUAUAAUUGAUUGUUUUUCAGAGUUAGAGGAGUUACCAGAAUUAGAGGAUGGAGCAAUGCCACAUCUUGAGAUCCUACGAGUAGAACGCUGUUGCAAGCUCACGAAGUUCCAAGUAAAUUUGAGCUUCUGGAAAGUCUGA